AUGUCGCCUCAACGACAGGAGAGCUUCUCGCUCUUCCCGAACCCCAACUCCCAGCCCCGCGUUCGCCGGUCCGAGUCGCGAGAGCGCCCGCAGGCCCAGGGCCAGGACCGCGUCGCCACGCCGGAGCAGCGCUCCCGCUCGCGCUCGCAGUCGCGGUCGCGGCCGCCUCGCCCGUCGCUGCAGAUUACGCCGCCACAGAAUGCGAGGAGCGUGCCCGUCGAGGUGGAGCCUCGCGCGGACAACUGGCCGCUGGAUGGCAGUCGAGACGUUUCCGUGGUGGUGCAGCAGCAGCAGCAGGAGCAGCGGCAACGACACUAUCAACAACAGCAGCAGCAGCAGCAACAACACCACCAUCAACAGCAGCAGCAACAACGACAGCAACAGCAGCAGCAGCAACAGCAGCAACAGCAGCAACAACAACAGCAGCAACAGCAGCAGCAGCAACAGCAGCAGCAACAACGGCAGCAACAGCAGCAACAGCAGCAACAACAACAGCAACAACAACAGCAACCCCCCAGAGCCGCAGACGUCCGCCCCCCCGUGCAGCAGCCCAGGCAGCUCGCCGACGUCCCGCCCCGGACCGACACCAGCCUCUCCCAGGCCAACACGCUCGCCAACACGCUCGUCCGGAGCAGCAGCGUGCGGUCGAGGAGCUCCAUCGCCAAGCUGCCCCUGCGCGACGACUCGGCGCCGCCGCCGCAGGCGCUGCGGUCCAUCUUCCCCACGUACAACCCCGAGGUGCCGCUCGGCCAGCAGCAGUAUGGCCCGACCCAGCUGAGCCCGUCGCGGAUACCGCGCGCCGUCAUCAGCCGCCAGUCCUACUACGAGGAGCCGCUCCCGUCCCCGCCACCGGACAGCACGCAUCACAGCACGCAUCACAGCCCGCGGCCGCGGCUCGCGCCCGGCAGCACGUGGCCGCCGCAUGGGCGGCAGCAGCAGCAGCAGGCACUCGAGCCCCCCGUGGUGCCCGAGGCGUGCACGACGGAGCAGCUCAAGAGCCUCUGGAAGACGACCAACGGGUGGAAGGCGUCGCCGUCCGAGGGCCGCGUCUUCUGCCUGAAGCUGUCGCAGGCCCGCGACGCCCCCGUGUACACGCUGUCGUCGGCGGGCGCGCAGCCCUUUUACAACCUCCGCCUGGACCCCACGUCGGCGUCGGCCUACGUCACGCUCUCGCGGCACGACCCGGCCAAGCCGCACAAGGACGGCUCGCCGGGCGGCGCCAAGAACUGGCACGAGGCGCUGACGACGACGCUGGAGGAGGAGUCGCGGCGGCGCCCGCCCAACGACGGCCUCGUCGCCCUGCUCAUGCCCACGCCGGCCGCGCGCAUGGCCGUCGACAGGGCGGGCGACCCCGCGGCCGUCGACAUGGCCGAGAACGAGUGCGCCCGCCUCGUCUGGGACGAGGACACGGCGACGCACUUUGUCGUCCACCAGGCCCUGGCCAAGCCCUUUUGCGUCACCAUCGACCGCUCGCCCGCCUACUCGCGCGUCGAGUACACGCUCGAGCACACCGAGUCGCCGCGGCACCUGGCCAAGCUGACGCGCGACGGCACGGGCGGCGGCUGGAUCGAGCUCGACACGGGCGUCGCGGCGCAGAUUGACUCGUUUUACGUCGUCGACGUGGCCGUCGCGGCGCUGCUGCUGGUCGCGUCGGCCGACGAGCGCAACUCGCCCGCGCCCGUCGAGACGUUUGAGCCGCCGCCGCCGCCGCCGGCCGCCGUGCUCGCCGCCGAGCGCGGGUCCAGCCGCCUCAGCAAGGCGACGAGCGGCAAGCGCAAGAUGCAGCAGUUCGAGAUGGACGUGGAGAGCCAGGAGAGCCUCAAGGGCGGGGAGACGAAGCUGCCGCUGGUGCUGCGCGCCGUCGUGAAGCUCUGCAAGGGGCUCUUCAAGUGCGUCGUGUGGCUGCUGACCAUUGCCUUCAAGUGCGUGGCGGGCGUUUUCAAGCUGCUGUACAAGUGCGUGGGAUCGAAAUACUAA